AUGAUUUCACUGAGCAGCGGUCAGACGCUCCUCCUGAUGGCCGUCUGUGGCGUCUUCUGCUGCAGGACUCUUGCAAUGCCUGCCAUCUCUGAAUAUCCAGGCAUCAGACCAGAUGCCCUGGAUGAAGACGGAGAGUACGACUGGACGAGAGACCCAUCACUACAGGAUCUGGAGGCGUAUAAAUUCCUGUAUGAACUCGCAAACACCGUCGAGAGACCAUCCAGACACGCUGACGGACUGUUCACGAGCGGAUACAGUAAACUGCUCGGACAGCUGUCUGCUAAAGAAUAUCUGGAGUCUUUACUUGCAAAGAGAGUCAGUGAUGAGCUGGAUGUGCAGCAGAUGCCUGUGAAGCGUCACUCAGAUGCUGUCUUCACAGACAACUACAGCCGCUACCGCAAACAGAUGGCAGCCAAGAAAUACCUCAACUCCGUUCUGUCAGGAAAAAAGAGGUACAGCUUGAAAAGAAGUCGAGCUUCACUAUUACUGGUGCGAUAA